GACCUCAUAAACCCAAUCACAAUACCUGGGCAUGUCGGAGACAUUUUUUCACGGUCUAUUUUUAGCAGCAGGCCUCCCCUCCCAUAUAUAUCCUACUAAACCACAAGAAAGCAUUACAUGAGUCGAACAGAAGUGUAAAUACUAUUUAAAAAAGACAGUACUGACAGACGUUUGUAAACAUGGACAGACCACCUUUGGGAGAUGUUGAAGAUUUGGCGACGUUAGCGAAGCUGGAUGAGCAGAUUUUACUGAAGGAAUUAAAAGAGCGAUACAAACAGAACAAAAUAUACACCUAUGUUGGCGACAUUCUGAUCGCUGUGAACCCUUUUCAGGAUCUCCAGAUUUAUGGGAAAAAUGAAUCUGCCAAGUACCACAAGUCUAAGAAGAGUUCACUGCCGCCACACAUCUUCGCCAUCGCCGAUGCAUCGUACCAUGCGAUGCUGGGCCUCAUGGGACAUCUCCCCUGCAACCAGUGCAUCCUCAUCAGCGGGGAGAGUGGCGCGGGCAAGACGGAGAGCACGAAGCUCAUCAUCAAACAGCUCGUUGACCUGUGUCACGGCAACACACAGUUGGAGCAGCAGAUACUGCAGGUGAACCCACUGCUGGAGGCAUUUGGUAAUGCUCAGACGAACAUGAAUGACAAUUCCAGUCGGUUUGGAAAAUACAUCCAACUCAAGUUUCAGCAAGACCAAGUUAUGGGGGCAAAGAUCUCCGAGUAUUUGUUGGAAAAGUCUCGCGUGGUGCGGCAGAAUGAAGGGGAGGAGAACUUCCACAUUUUCAGCUACCUGUUCGCUGGAUUGACACAGGAAAGCAGUCAGCUGUUUGGUCUUGGAGACCCACACAAAUACAGGUAUUUCUCCAGUGGCAUCAGCUCAUUCAAGAAGAAGCUCCCCGAGUUACAGCAGCAGUAUGAUCAGCUCCUAAACGCGAUGGACUUGGUUGGCUUCACAGAUGAGGAACAAGGAAAUGUGUUCAGUAUAAUUGCAAGUGUCCUUCACCUUGGCAAUGUGACCUUUGACACCAAUGAGCAUGACGGAGCAGCAGUGACCAAUCCCAAUGGUCCGGUGAAGAUGAUGUCGCGUCUGCUGUCCAUCGACAGUGAAGAGGUACAAGCUUGUCUGACAUCCAUGGUCAUUGUCACCAGCGGAGAAUAUGUCAAAAAACUGUAUUCCAUAGAACAAGCUAAUGAUGCCAGAGAUGCAAUGGCGAAGGCAGUCUAUGGCCGUGUGUUUGGAUGGAUAGUGAACAAGGUAAACUGUCUGCUGGCUCCGGAGGAGAACAUACCAGAAGACCAGCUAAAGGAGAUAGGAAUCCUGGACAUUUUUGGAUUUGAGCACUUUGAGAAGAACAGUUUUGAGCAGGCCUGCAUCAACCUGGCCAAUGAGCAACUUCAGUUCUUUUUCAACCAGCAUAUUUUCAAGAUGGAACAGGAAGAAUACAAGAGAGAAGGUAUUGACUGGAACGAGAUCACGUUCGUUGACAAUAAGCCUCUUUUGGAUAUGUUUCUGCAAAAACCAAUUGGACUCCUUGCCUUGUUGGACGAAGAGAGCAAAUUCCCUAAGGCCACAGAUCAGACAUAUGUGGAUAAGGUGAACUUUCAUUUCAUGAAGAAUCCUUACUACAUGAAGGCACCCAGCUCCAAGGUUCCAGUGUUUUCCAUCAACCACUAUGCUGGAAAGGUGACUUACGAUGCCACACAGUGGCUGGAGAAGAACCGCGACACACUGCCAACUGGAAUCAUGGAGAUUCUUCAGAGCAGCAAGAACCCUCUCGUCAGGACAAUAUUCAGAGGUCAAAUUAGCCGGACAGGAAGUCUAGCUCUUCAGGGCAGAACCAUCAGAAGUUCAAAGAGAAGUCGUAAACUGGCUCCCAUCAUGAGUCGAAAAAGUGCCGCAAAGCGAAAGCUCACAGUAGGAGCUCAGUUUAAGAAUUCUCUAAACAUCUUGAUGGAAAAAAUGACGUCGGCAACUCCCAUCUUUGUCCGAUGUUUGAAGCCGAAUCACCUGAAGAAAGCCAACACGUUCAGUGAUGAGUACAUACUGGCACAGUUACUCUACACCGGUAUGCUGGAGACAACGAAAAUCCGCAGAGAAGGAUUUGCAGUACGACCAGCUUUUGAAGAAUUUGUUCAGAAGUACAAAGUGAUAAUGUGUCAGUCAAAGCUGCAAGGGACCUGUGAAAACUGCAUCAAAAUUCUACGUGCCAGUAAACUUACGGGAUGGCAUGUUGGCAAAACAAAGGUUUUCCUCAAGUACUGGCACAUUGAACAGCUUUCUGACAUCCUCACCCAGAUGGGCACGUCUGCCAUACAUCUACAGAGAGUUGUUCGUGGGUUCCUAGCUCGUAGGAGGUGCAAGAGAUUGAGAGAGAAAGCGAGACUUCAGGCAGUGGAGGUUGAGAAACUGAUUAAUAUGGUGGCAGAGUUGGGAUCAAUGUCUGGCACAUUCCAGUCUCGACUAGUUGAGGAGGACAAAAAACGACACCCAAAGGACAAAAUGAAGUCUGGUCCAUCACCACCUGUCCCAGAGCAUCCGCCUCCAAGAUCACCUGCACCGGAUUACCUGAAGCCAACCAAGACCACGUCAUCUUGUGGCACACAGGUGGAGGGUGAUUCUGAUGAUGACAUCAUUGAGGAUGAUUUCCAGCCGAUCCUGUCCAACAAGAACAAGUUCGGACAGCCUGGGACGAGACAGGCCACUGCCGUUUGGUUCAAGGAAACCCAGACAAACCACGUGAUUGACGAACAUUCGGGGAAGUUUGCCAGUUGGUUCCAUGGAAUAAUCACAAGAAGACAGUCGGAAGAGCUGUUGAAACAGAAGAUUGUUGGCUGUUAUCUGAUCCGAGUCAGCGAGAGUCGCUUCGGAUACACACUGUCCUUCAAAGAUGUGGAGAGGUGUCGACACUACAUGAUUGACCAGCUAAAGAAUGGCAAGUUUAUCAUUAAAGGAGAACCCAAGGUGCACCGGAAUCUCCACGAUAUCAUUGAAUACCACAAGAAGAAUCCAAUUUCUAACUGGGAUGGCCGUCUCACAGUACCCUGUGGUCAGGAACAGGGAGAGUGUGAUUAUGUAGACUUGAUGGAUGGACUAUACUUUGUACUUGAAGACAAAAAAAAUGCAAGACAAUCCGUCGCACCACCCCCUGUUCCACAGGAAAGUCCGGGAAUUCCCCAUCUUCCUCCUCGAAAUUACAGCGUGCAGACAGCCGCUCUGAGUGACCCGAAAAACAGACUGUCCAACAUGGUGGGGAGACCGCUACCGCAGUUACCUGAACAGUACAACAGACUGUUGGAAAACCAGGUUGAACAACAUAAGUAUGAUCCUCUCAACCAUGGUGGUCGAGAAAACAAGAGAUUAUCAACCACAAGAAAUCGCCUGCACUGAUCCAUCCCGGCCUGUGAAUGUUUCUACUCUGGAAUCUGACUCCAAUUUAUAAUUUACAUUUGAACUGGGCAGAUCAUGGAGCCGUUCGGUGACACUGAUAUUCAGAAUAAACACAGGUGUUGUCAUGUGUUGAAACUGUCAUCAGAAGUGAUAUUGUUUAUGAAAUAAUUCCUCGAGGUUUAAUAAGAGACAUUUUUAUUAUACACAUGUUUCGUUCGCUUGUUGACUAUACACGUCGAGGCCAGCGGUGACUAUGAACGAUACUGUUCUCUGUAGAUCACUUCUUGUGCCGUACAGCUUCUUCUGGAGAGUUGUUGUAGUUGUUGUUUGUACACAUAUUAUUAUGUUUCUUUUUACAUGAUUUCUUUUUUAAUGUCAUGUUAUAAACUUUGUGUGAUGUAAUUAACAUCUGCAACAACAGAAUUUUAUAUAGUAUUAUGUUUCAUAUGAACAUUAUAUUUUAGUCCCCUACCAGUCCAACCAGAGGGAACUACAUGUAUGUUUCGUCUCCGUCUGUCUGUCUGUCUCAUAUUUCACAGAGUUGUGGUCUAUGAAAAUUUGUUUUCCAGACUUUUGUUUCACAAUGCUCAGGAUAUGGAGCUGAAAUUUGGUGUAUAUCAGAUCAAGUUUGUGUUACGGAUCAAGGUCGACAUUUAUAACGAUUUACCCCUUGGCCCUUGAACUUAGGAGAUACAAAAUGCUUUGGGCCCACCUGGUAGGGGACAUGUAUUUCUUUAGCAGUAUUCUCUGAAUGCUUGUUUUUAAAUGUCAUGUUAUAAGCUAAGUGUGAUGUAUAUUACAUCUGCAACAAUUACAUUUUUUAUAGUAUUAAAGGGACAUAGCCUAGUUUUUAAACACUAAGGUAUAUUGCUGAUUAUUAUAGCCAUUUUUGAUAACUGAAAUAAUACUUUACUUAGAUUUUAUGGUCUAGA